CUCUCUCUCUCUCUCAAAUUCUAUCAUUUCUUUCUCCAAUUAGAAGCUGAAUUAGCCAAAAAUGAGGGAUUUGAGGGAAACGAAACAAAAGACGGCGACCGCAACGGCGCUGGCGCCGACCACAGACUGCAAUGUCGCGAUGGGCAACAUGAAGUCCCUGGAAACUCCCAUGGGGAUGCUGUUGCAGAUCGAGCUCCUAGUCAUUUUCACCGCCUUCUUGCUCCUCUUCCUCGUCAUCUUCGGCUCGUGGCGACGUCGCUGCAACAACGACAAAUUCCGGCUUGUCGUCUUCACGGCCUACACUCUCUCGACCUACGUGCUCACCUACGCACUAGGCCUCAUGCACGACGCUCCGCGGCUCAACGAAUUAUACCCCAUCUGGGCGAUGUUCCUGAUGAUCGCAUUCGGGAGCGCCGACUCUAUCUCCGCAUACAGCCUCGAGGACAACGAGCAGUGGAAGAGCUACAAUUGGCAGAUCAUCAUCAAAUGGAUUUGGGUGGCCCUGUUGGUAGAGUUGUACUUCCGCCACAGGUCCAGCUCGGUGGUCGCCGUGACCGAUUCUCUCUUCUUCGUCUUGGCCUUGAAGUCCAACGAGAGGGCUCAGGCCAUGAUGGCGGCGAGCCAGCAUUCUUUGGAGAGGAACACCAAAGUGGUUGCUGAUUACAUGAGCGUGGAGGACGAAAGCGGGGGCGUUUCACGUGGUGAAGUUGAUCCGGUUUGCAUGACAGGAUAUACGUUCUUGGUUAGGGGUGAAGAGGAGAGACCAAGACGGGUGAGUUUCUUUGUUCUUGCUAAGCGAUUUAUCAAGAGGCGUCUAGGGACGGAGGAGGCCACGCCGGCGUUGGACAACCGGAUGACACUCGACAAAGACGACUUGAUCACCGUUGAGAAGGUGUGGGAAUGUGAAGGGAGGCUCUUAAGAAGCUCGGGAGGAGGAGACCCCCACAACAAGCUCAAAGACAUAUGCCUCUCUUUUGCACUCUUCAAACACCUGCGUUUGACAUAUGCUGGCUACUCAUUGCCCCAAGAGGCUCACGAGAAGACAUGGAACUUGAUUCGCCAUGGAUUGCUCUCGCAAGAUGAUGGUUACAAGCGAGCGUUUCAAGUCGUCGAGGUCGAGCUCACCUUCUUUUUCGAUUUCUUCUACACCAAGUACGGUGUCAUAUUCCAGCCCGGCAUGUUGUAUAACAAAUUGUUGGAGUUUGCGACUGUUGUUAUCGGCAUCUGGGCUACGACAUCACUCUUGAAGCAUCACAAGAGACCUUAUAAUGACCGUCAACUGGCCACACUGCCAAAUGGGUUGAGUGUCGAUGUACUCGUGACCAGCGUGACGAUAAUCUUGUUCAUCGUUGUGGAGCUCGUGCAGUACUUCUUCAUGGGUUUCUCAGAAUGGGCUAAGGUGAUAUGGAUCUGCCAGUAUGUGCAGAAUAAGUCAUGGCAAGAGAACAUGUGGAUUGAGCGGAUGAUCAGACUGGUAUGUGGAGUCCGGUUGCUGAAGCCAUGGGAGCGAAAGCUUCGUCAGCACUCAUUCCUUGAGUCAUACUUGUAUAACCCCUCCUGGUUAUUGAACAACGCAUUUAUGGCGACCUAUAUUGAUCAAACUAGGGACGGCCAGAGACAGAGCACGCCGAUCCAAUUGCCUGAAGAAGUGAAGCAAGCGGUGUUUCAUGCUCCGAAGUCGAAUUACGGUACUAAAUUGGAGAAUGGACAGGCCUCACUGAGAGUGAACAAUGAGUUCCAGAAGCUGCUGUGGGCGUGCCGGCUUGAGACGCAGACUCAGGUCAUAAUGGUGUGGCACAUCGCCACCAGCUUCUGCGAGCACCAACUGUCGCUAGGAAGAUCAGACUCGCCAGCAACGAGGAGGAGUUUCCUCGCGGCAACUAGCUUAUCCAAGUAUCUGGCUUACUUGGUCGCUUUUGCUCCACGGCUACUGCCGGAUCACCCUUAUGCUGCCGAGUACGUGUUCGAUCAGGCGGUCAUCGAAGCCAGGGCCUUCUUUCAGAAGUGCAAGAGAAUGGAGGACCGGAUUAAGAAGAUGGAGGAGAACAGCAGUGGCCUUUCUGCACGCGGAGAAACUGUUAUCAACCGGGGUGUUCGGCUCGGGAAGCAGCUCGCGAAUGAUAUAUACCUCAAGGACACGACUUGGAGGAUUCUGGCCGACUUUUGGGUGGAAAUGGUGUUGUAUGUGGCGCCUUCAGACAAUGCGAGAGCGCAUGCGGAGCAUUUGACUAGAGGAGGCGAGUUUGUGACUCACUUGUGGGCUUUGCUCUCUCACGCGGGGAUCGAGAGAGCUCCUCCUACAAAGCCGCGUCAUGCUCUGGCGAGAAGCAACAGCUUAUGAAUUAGUCCAGGGUACGAUAGCAUCCGUUGCAAGUGACCGGUGAUUGCGAUAAUAAAUGGUUGCUUAUGGAUGAUUCAUGUGGAUCUCGCGUGCGAUGUGUUGAGAACCAACCCAGCAUCAACCUCAGCACCCCCCAAUCCUAAGUCAUAAAAAGGAACUUCAUUUCCAUUCUGUUGUUUUUAAAGGCUUUGGUGUGUUUUGCUUCUGUUAGUGCGUUGGCUUGCUGUUUUUGGAUUGUGUUUGAUACUUUAAGUACUAUCUGCCGGUGUGUUUCCCUCGAAUAAUACUUGAUGGGUGUUUGAGAUUUCUCGGGACA